AUGGCAUCAACUACUCAAGACGUAGCUGUCUUAUUGCAGAAAGAAGGCAGCGGAGUUUCACCAGAUGUAUAUGAUGCAGCCAAUGAAUCUCAGGACGCCGUCUCACGAAGGACAAAACUACUCUCCCCAGUGCUAGAAGCUCUCAAGUCACAGGAUGCUUCCGCGCUAGAAACCACAGCCAAGGCACUCGUUGCUUGGAGACUACCAUAUGGAGAAUCAGGCAUUCUCGAAUUCUUCCUCGACAUCCUGGCUUCUGACGAACAGCAAAGUCACGGUGUCAAAGUACAGGCCUUGCGCGUUACUGGAAACUCUUGUGCUGAUACGGAGGCCAACCGAGCCCGCGUUGUCGAGGGAAAAUACAUUAUUUCUUUCAUCAAGCAUUUGCAGGACAAGAGUCUUGUUCCAUACUUGAUUCCCGUUCUUUACAAUGUCCUUGUGGAUUACGAACCUGCCCAAAUUCUCGCAUCGCAGUCAAGACUUAGCAGUCAUCUCAUCGCUCUGCUCCAGUCUCCCAACCUUUUCGAGUAUAGCCCUCUUGUCACCUACUUCUGCAAGAUCCUUGCUCUGCUCAUCACACACGAUGGUGAGGCGCUUGUCGCAGACCCUGACACAGUCUCUGUUCUACUCAAGCUCGCAACCAGUUCGGAUCACAGCUCUGAUAUUGAGGACUUUCUCGCUCUUGUGUCCACCUCAGCCAGCUAUCUCGCAAAUGAAUCCUUCCAAGAACGACUUCUCAAGUCAAAGCAGUUGGAUGUGUUUGUCAAGGCCUUUUACAUUGCGCACACUCAGUUCGAUGCGGAGCUUGACGACGAGGACACAGCCAAGGAGCUGGGUCAACUUUGCACUUCGCUGCUCACCACACUGGCGGAUCUGACUGGCAGCGAUUAUUUCCCUGCCCUUUACCCCCUCGAGAGUUCUGUACCCCAGUCUCUUAUGAAAUGGUUGGAAGAACCUCACGCCAUUCUCCAGUCAGCAGCUUGCCUAGCCCUUGGCAAUCUAUCGCGUUCAGACCAGGCUUCUUCCGCUUUCGUGCAGGGGUAUCGAGCCCAUGUUCCUCUUGAGGCUUUCCUCUCCAACACUGAAGUCACCGAUGCCCAACUUCUCCAUUCAGCACUCUCGUUUCUCAAGAACCUCGCAAUCCCGGUACAGAACAAAUCAUUGCUGGGUGAUCUGCUAGAGCCUGACAGUGUACCGCGGAUAUUGAAUAUCGACACUCUUCCCCAAGUCCAGUUCUCGGCUGUGUCCCUGCUCCGCCUACUUCUUGUCAACUCCCCCGACAACGUCCUUCGGAUUACAACCCCCAGGACCGUUGAGGUUGAGGGUUCGUCCAAGAAGCACACAACUGUCCACGACAUUAUCGCUCUGUUUGGUCGCACGGAUACAGAGCCGACUAAACUCGAGGCUGCUCGUAGUGUUGCUACUGUGUGCCGUGUGCUCCACACUACACCUUUAGACUAUGUCCUCUCGGGAUGGAACUCUGAGAACGAAGAGACACAGUCGAGAAAUCUGUUCUAUGCCGAACAUAAUCUUUCUCAAAUACUUUCUUUCCUCAUCACGCAGGAAAAGUGGCCUAUUCUUCGGUCCGAAGCAUGGUUUGUCUUUGCCCUUCUAUCGCGAUCCCAGGAUGGCGCACAGGUUGUUGCAAAGGUACUUGCUGUGGAUGGAGCCAUGGAUGCUCUAAAUUUUGCAAUCACUGGCAAGACUGCUUCGGACGAUCAAACACCUCAAAUCGAGAGCGGCAUGCCUGAAGUUCCUCCCGCUAUCCCUGAGGAACUUGCUCUGGAACCUCAACAGGUUGACCCAAAGCAGCAGGCCAACAUGGCCAAGGUGGAUAGAGAGAAUUGUCUGGUAUUGUGUACCGAGAUUGUCAAGAACGGAGAAACCCUCGAGUCAGCUCAAUUGAGCCGACUGCAAAACUUAAUCAGACAAGGAACGGAGUUGUUAGGGAAGAAGGCAAACGAGUAG